UGCAACUAAAAUUCCUCUGGCGCGAUGCUCGACUUCGCGAUCCGCUAUGCGUUGGCCAUAGCGCUGGUCUUCUCCUGCAUAGCUCUCGGAUGGUUCGUGGCGUGGAAGCUGCUGCUCGUUCACAUUCCUCUUGUCCAAGAGAUUUGCGGCUUGCGGAAGAAAUCUAAGAAGCCCGUUCUCAGGGCCAGCGCUCCAUUCCCGGACAGGGUGAAAUCGCAGUGAUUCUUAGGGUUUAUCAGAGCAGGGUUUCCAGGGAGCAGCAGCAGCGGCAAUGUUCUCGUCCACGGCGUCUUCGAUCUCCAAAAUGUCCGCUCUCGUCAGCGGCGUCGGCACGGAUGCUGCGAUCUACGACGAUCCCCAGGACGCGGACAUUCCCACGCUGCUCGACAGUCGCUACGACGCGGACAAAGCCCAGGGAUUGAAGCGCCUCAUCGCGCUCAUGGCACAGGGACAGGACGUUUCCACAUUCUUCCCACAGGUUGUCAAGGGCGUUGCUUCACAGUCUCUGGAAGUGAAGAAGCUCGUUUACAUCUACCUCGUCCACUACGCUGAUAAACGACCAGACGAGGCGUUGCUUUCUAUCAACAGUUUCCAAAGAGAUCUAUCCGAUAUCAAUCCCCUGGUUCGUGCUUGGGCCUUGCGAGCGAUGUCCGGGAUCAAGGUCCGCGCAGUUGGCCCUCUCGUUAUCAUGGCUGCAAACAAGUGCGCCAGAGAUCCUUCUCCUUACGUUCGGAGGUGUGCUGCGAAUGCGGUUUCCAAGAUUCAUUCCAUGGGUGACGAACAACAUUUCGACGAGCUUGUACAGCUUGUGUCCAUCUUGCUGAACGACAAUUAUCCGGGCGUAGCUGGAGCCGCAGCGCAGGCUUUUAUCUCUGUUUGCCCGGAGCGUUAUUCCUUAUUGAGCUCCAGCUUCAGGAAGCUGUGUGGACUACUUUACGAGGCUGAUGAAUGGGGACGCAGUAAACUCGAUUGGCCGGUGUGCGCUUCGACUGUCUUCCACAGUGGCUAUAUGCACCAAGGGUCUUCUCAAGCUAGUCGUUUCUCGGUCUUCCCGUGACGACGAUUCGCUCCACAAUGCAAAUGAUGCUGAACCAAAGGUUGGAGACUCUGGACGUAUAGUCCGGGGAGGGGAAGAGUGGUGGUUCAAGCGGUUUCGUCGCUAAGAGCUAUUAUGCAGAAGCACCCAGCAGAGCAGGACCAGGUAAUCCUUCAUCUUUUACGCAACUUAAACCACAUUUUAGAGCCAACGGCACGUGAAGUUGUCAUUUGGAUGAUUGGUGAACAAGCGAUUGCUCGUCCUGCACUUGCUGAAGGAAUCCCUGUGGCCCUGCGGUAUCUAGCCAAAACGUUUGCAGACGAGUCUAAUGGAACUAAGCUUCAAGUUUUGAACUGCCUUGCGAAGAUCAUUUCAUCUUCUCAACGGUGCUCGUCUUUGAAGACUGUCCUGUUAAUUCUUCAGUAUAUUCUGGAUCUUGCCGCCUGUGAUUUAAACUAUGACGUACGAGAUCGAGCCUGGAUUUUACGAGUUGUCUUGGCUGGCCAUUUAGACGCUAUCAAGCACCAUUCGUCAUAUGACGCAGAUCCACGUCUUCCGGAGAUUAUCGAUGCUAUUUUACUCAACAUUGAUCAGUCAAAACUUGAUCCAGGUGUAAAGCUGCCAACUCCAUGUUUCUUCGCCAGAAGUCGGUACCAGUAUUACCUUCGUUGAGUUUACAGCCGUCCACAUUCCUACCAGAAUCGAUGUCUCAUAUGGUUCAACACAUGUCAGUGAACUGUGGGUGCUCUUGAGUUAUCUAAUUGUCCUCUUGAAGGCUGGUGCAGUGAUUCCAUCUCUUGUGAAUUUUCUUAAGCACACCGAUUAUAGCACUGCCUUAUUUCCUGCCAAA